AUGUGGUGUGCUGCUCUCCUCUUUCAGAUGUCGGAUCAGCCAACCUACGAAUCAGUUUCAAUUCAAUUUAAGGCGUUCUUGAACGCUAACAGCCAUUUAGCAGCGGAGAAAGCCUUCGCAAACCUUCUCAACAACGUAAAAUUCGUCGAUUUUACCGCACAUCUACUCCGGUGCCUUCAGACCGCCAUUGUCAAGACACGCUUUGGAGAAAUCAAUGUUCAGACAUUCUUCAAUCGCGUACUUCGGAUUUUGCGCUCUCUCCUCCCCCUUAAUAUGACCGUUGAGUUCAUGGGCGAGAAACCUCCGGCGAAGUCGGAGCAGGCGAAGCGCAUGCGAAUGUUUACUCUGCGACACACCCUAACUGACACCUGGGCCAGGUUGCUGGAGAAGGAACUCCCAGACACACUGCUUCUAGAGGCGUUGAUCACUCUGGGUGAUGACCAAAUUGAAAAGAUGACAGACACUGCUCGUCUGCUCGCGCCUCACAUCACUACCGUCUUCGAUCCGCCCUCUAACGCGGCAACCGUUGCCGCGCCUCUUGCUUCGUGGUCUCGGGCAGUGUCGCGCACCCUCCUCAAGAUCAUGCACCUGGGUGGGCUUAACUUUGAUCGUCUCUACCCACGCCUUUACGCCCUCCUAGGGGAAGACCUGUUAACCUGCCAGUAUGCCGAUCGGUUUUUGGAGGAUUUAGACGUCUAUCUGAGCUCCAUCCACGUGCCAGCAGGUUGGUUGUCUGCCUUUGCAAAGCGUUUGGCCCAGCUCAGUCUAGUUGGAGUGGCACCGUUAUCUCUGAUGUUGCCUCUCCUAACUGUCAUCGCCAACUGUCUCACUCGACAUUCCGCUUGCCGAGUUCUCAUCGGCCGACAUGCAAAUCAAAGCAUCUCUACAACGGAAACAGAGGUCGCAAUAGGCGAUUCCUACACCUAUCGACCUAACGAUCUGGCCGGUGAUGGGGUGGAGGCUCUGAAAAGCAGUCUGUGGGAGGUGGUGUGCCUCGAGUGCCACUAUAAUCCCGAGGUGGCAUCUUUGGCGCACCGAAUUCGUCAAAUCGGCACAAUCGCCACCGGUAUUGCCCACCACCUGCCCGAUGUAAAGAAUCAAGUUAGCUAUGGCAAGGAGCUGCAAGCCGAAGUGGAUCGGAAGGCUCGACAGUACUUAACGGUGCUUGAGAUGACGAAUGCACGACUGCCUAGUUUGCCGCCUUUGGAGGGGUGGAAAAUGCCAAGCGACCUCUCCGAGGCCUCAGCAUAA